GAUUGGAUAAAACGCAAUGUUGUGAAACGUCAUUGGCUAAACUUCCACACGCCUUCUGCAAACCCGAAACAGCUCACCACAAGGUGAUCCAUGCUCGUCUGAAGGCCCGCAGUCAGCAUGUUGUCCGCACACAGAGCCAUGGCCGUGCGGCGUCUGUUCAAAGCCUCUGUCCUCACUUCCAGCUGUCCCUGCUCCCCGCUUCACACCAGCUUCAGAUGUCCAGAUCAAUCCCAAAUCCACCCGGAAUGGGCCAGCCUGGCAAAGAAACAACUCAAAGGGAAAAAUCCAGAAGAUCUUAUAUGGCACACGCCUGAGGGACUAAAUAUCAAACCUGUGUACACUAAAGCAGACUCGGCUUCCAGCGCAGAUGAACUCCCGGGAGUGUUUCCUUACACUAGAGGGCCCUAUCCCACCAUGUACACAUACAGACCGUGGACCAUCAGGCAGUACGCAGGCUUCAGCACAGUGGAGGAGAGCAACAAGUUUUAUAAGGACAACAUCAAAGCUGGUCAGCAGGGUUUAUCAGUGGCCUUCGACCUCCCGACACAUCGCGGCUACGACUCGGACAACCCCAGAGUCCACGGUGACGUCGGCAUGGCGGGCGUUGCCAUAGAUACAGUGGAGGACAUGAAGAUGCUGUUUGACGGCAUUCCUCUCGAGAAAAUGUCCGUUUCGAUGACGAUGAACGGAGCAGUGAUCCCAGUCCUGGCCAUGUUUAUCGUGACGGGAGAGGAGCAGGGAGUGCCCAAGGCUAAGCUAACGGGCACCAUCCAGAACGACAUUUUAAAAGAGUUUAUGGUCCGAAACACAUACAUUUUUCCACCAGAGCCCUCCAUGCACGCCAUAGCGGAUAUAUUUGCCUAUACAUCGAAGCACAUGCCAAAGUUUAACUCCAUUUCCAUCAGCGGUUACCAUCUCCAGGAGGCUGGGGCUGACGCGAUCCUGGAAGUAGCCUACACCAUCGCUAAUGGUCUGGAAUACUGCCGCACCGGGCUGAAAGCGGGCUUGACCAUCGACGAAUUCGCUCCCAGGUUGUCCUUUUUCUGGGGCAUCGGGAUGAACUUUUACAUGGAGAUCGCUAAACUGAGAGCCGGACGCAGACUCUGGGCCACUCUCAUCAAGGAGAACUUUCAACCUAAAAACGCCAAGUCCCUCCUCCUCCGCACGCACUGCCAGACAUCGGGCUGGUCUCUCACUGAACAGGACCCUUAUAACAACGUGAUCCGCACCGUGAUCGAAGCCAUGGCCGCCGUCUUCGGGGGCACUCAGUCCCUCCACACCAACUCCUUUGACGAGGCUUUGGGAUUACCGACAGUAAAGAGCGCCCGCAUCGCCCGAAACACUCAGAUCAUUAUCCAAGAGGAGUCUGGGAUUCCUAAAGUGGCAGAUCCCUGGGGCGGGUCGCACAUGAUGGAGGCUCUAACUAAUGAUGUCUACAACACUGCCCUCAAGUUCAUUAAAGACAUUGAGGACAUGGGUGGUAUGGCCAGAGCUGUGGCAGAGGGCAUCCCCAAACUGCGCAUUGAAGAGUGUGCCGCCCGCAGACAGGCACGCAUAGACUCAGGCUCGGAGGUCAUCGUCGGCGUGAACAAGUACCGCCUGGAGAAGGAGGAGACUGUGGAUGUGCUGGCCAUUGAUAAUACAAUAGUACGACAGAAACAGAUUGAAAAGUUGAAAAAGGUUCGUGAGAGCAGAGACCCGGAGCUCGCUCAGAGAUGCCUGGCUGCUAUCGAGGAGUGCGCCCGGACCAGACAGGGGAACCUUUUGGAGCUGGCUGUGGAAGCUGCUCGGGCCAGAUGCUCUGUGGGCGAAAUCACUGAUGCCAUGAAGAAAGUGUUUGGUGAGCACAAAGCCAGCACUCGGAUGGUAAGUGGAGCCUAUCGCAGCGAGUUUGGGGAACACGACGAGAUCACCUUCGCAAACAACAGAGUUGCAGAAUUUAAGAAGCUUGAAGGUCGUAACCCUAGACUCCUUGUGGCUAAAAUGGGACAGGAUGGACACGACAGAGGGGCCAAAGUCAUCGCUACAGGGUUUGCAGACCUGGGCUUCGAUGUGGACAUUGGACCUCUGUUUCAGACCCCGGUGGAGGUGGCUCAGCAGGCGGUGGAUGCUGACGUUCACUGUGUGGGGGUGAGCACUCUCGCAGCUGGACACAAAACUCUGGUUCCUGAACUCGUCAAAGAACUGCGUAAACUCAACCGGCCUGACAUCCUGGUCAUCUGCGGAGGCGUCAUCCCACCUCAGGACUAUGAGUUCCUGUAUGAGAGUGGAGUAUGUGCCAUCUUCGGUCCCGGCACGAGGAUCCCGCAGGCGGCUGUCGAGGUGUUAGACAACAUCGAGAAGAGUCUUGAGACGAUCAGACAAGCCAUGUGAACACAAGGGCGCUUCAUGCUGUGAGACGGAGGCUUCAGAUCUGUCAAGAUACGCUUCACUGUACGGAAAUAGACUCUGUGAUAAACAAACACAACUUAUUAUAAUAGGAUGUAUGUAAUUAUUCUCAAUUGCGCUUUUCUAUUUCGGUGACACUUUGCUUUAGGGGCUGCAUUUUAAUGGCUAAUUAGUGGUAUUCUGCAGGCUGAUGGUGCGUUCACACUGGUCCUUGUUUGGACUUGGCUUGGGCACGGUUAAAGUCCUAAUGUAGAUUUGAUCUGGUGCUGUUGUAGUCCUGGUUCAGUGCUGGUUUAGUCUUGGUUUAUUCCUGGUUUACUCCUGGUUUAGUCCUCGUUUAGUCUUUGUUUAGUCCUCGUUUAAUCUUAGUUUAGUCCUGGUUUAGUCCUGGUUUAGCCCUGGUUUAGUCCUGGUUUAGUCUUGGUUUAGUCCUGGUUUAGUCUUGGUUUAAUCUUGGUUUAGUCCUGGUUUAGUCCUGCUUUACUCCUGCUUUAGUUCUGCUUUAGUCCUGCUUAAUCCUGGUUUUCUCCUGGUUUAGUUCUGGUUUAGUCCUGGUUUAGUCUUGGUUUAAUCUUGGUUUACUCCUGGUUUAGUCCUGGUUUAGUCCUGGUUUAAUCUUGGUUUAAUCUUGGUUUAGUCCUGGUUUAGUCCUGGUUUACUCCCGAUUUAGCCCUGGUUUAGCCCUGGUUUAGUCCCGGUUUACUCCUGGAUUACUCCUGGUUUAGUCUUGGUUUAGUCUUGGUUUAGUUCCGUGUUUCUUUCCACUCUAGUUUGAUCUGGUGACUGCGCUAAUGUGAAAACGCAUAUGUAGUUAGAUUUGUUAGUGUCUGUAGAGCACUGAUUAAUAUUUUGGACCAUAUAUGAACAUAUUUAUUUAUUAUAUGGACUGAAUUUAAAAUAUUAUUGUAAUAUUCAAUAAUCAGUUUUAAAUAGCAAUUUUCCACCUUUAGUGUCAGUCAAAGCACUUUACAUCAAGAAACCACUCACACAUUCAUACACACGUUCAAACACCAGUGCACACAGACACUGGGGAUGAGGUGGGUUUAGUGUCUUGCCCAAGGACACAACAACAGCAUUCAUCUGUGGGAGCUGGAAUCGCACUGGUAACCUGUGGAUCAGUGGAUCUGACCGCUCUGCCAAUGACGUACUUGCCUAAUACCUGAAUAACGACUAACAUAGCACUUAGUUAGCGAUUAAUAUAUAGCCCUAAAAUAAAGUGUUACCUUUUUUUGUAAAGUACUGGCCCAGUUUGACAAAGCUCUUACUGAAUGUCUGCGAAACUGUAACUUUCCAAAUAAUCUGGCAUUAAAUUGAAACAGGAAGGAGUUACGUUGUACCUGAUGUCUAUGAUGUGAUUGUUUUUAGCCUAAAAACGUAUCGAAAACUUACGAUUCAGCUACAUGUCUCAGAAACUCAAACACUUCAGAAAAACAUUUUAAACUCACUGCCGCAGCAAGGUUUCAAACUCUGAUCAUUUUUUUUUCUUUUUUAUGAUAAUUUGUAAGUAAAAUUAAGUUUAUAGUUCGAGCUUUUGCAAAAAAAAAAACAACUUGAUUUUGAGAUUGGCACGUUAUACAUUUUGGAACUGCAGAUUGAAGUCGCCUUUUCUUUGAGAUCUGCUGUGUAGUUUUUCGGUGAUUAUAAUAAAAUAAAACAAUAAAAUAAAUUUAACGCUU